AUGGCGCCGGCACUCGUCAAGGACGAGGCUGCGUCUACAGCCAAGCGCAAAGCCGAGUCACCCGACGACGAGGUGGCCGACAGCAAGCGCUUCAAGUCUUCAACAUCACCCACACCCACACUCGCACACGACACCGGAGACGCCAUCCAGUCGACAGCACCACGCGUCGUGCCCUUCCCCGAGAAGCCCGCCGUCAUAGAGGAGCGCAAUGGCGAGAUCGAGUUCCGAGCAGUCAACAACGACGGUGACCACGAAAGCUACAUCAUCCUGACGGGGCUCAAAUGUAUCUUCCAGAAACAACUGCCUAAGAUGCCCAAAGACUACAUUGCCCGCCUCGUCUACGACCGCACCCACCUGUCCAUGGCCAUCGUCAAGAAACCACUGGAAGUUGUGGGUGGCAUCACCUACCGCCCCUUCAAGGGCCGCCAGUUCGCCGAAAUCGUCUUCUGCGCUAUAAGCAGCGAUCAGCAAGUCAAGGGUUACGGCGCACACCUCAUGUCGCAUCUGAAAGACUACGUCAAGGCCACCUCGGACGUCAUGCACUUCCUGACCUACGCCGACAACUACGCCAUCGGCUACUUCAAANAGCAAGGCUUCACAAAGGAGAUUACUCUCGAACGCCCGCGCUGGAUGGGCUACAUCAAGGAUUACGAGGGAGGCACAAUCAUGCAGUGCACCAUGCUCCCCAAGAUCCGCUAUCUCGAGUCUGGUCGUCUGCUUCUCAAACAAAAGGCCGCCGUUCACGCAAAGAUCAAGGCUGUGUCAAAGUCCUUCGAGGUCCACNCCCCACCAGCUCAAUGGAAGGGUCUGAAGAAAGGCGAUGCCCUUCCUUCCAUCGACCCCCUUACAAUAGCUGCAAUCAAAGAAACCGGCUGGAGUCUGGACAUGGACGCCCUCGCCCGUCAACCCCGUCACAACCCCAACCACUCUCAACUCAUGCACCUCCUCUCCGCCCUCCAGAACAGCACUCACGCAUGGCCAUUCCUCCAGCCCGUCAACAAAGACGAAGUCCUCGACUACUACGAAGUCAUCAAACAGCCCAUGGACCUCAGCACCAUGGAACAAAAACUCGAAAACGACGCUUACGAAACUCCCGAAGACUUUAUCAGAGACGCCACUCUCAUCUGCGUCAACUGCAGACGCUACAAUGCCGAGCAAACUCCAUACCAUAAAGCUGCCAUCAAGCUGGAAAAGGAGUUGUGGAAGAAGGUCAAGGAUGUGCCCGAAUGGAGUUAUAUCGAACAGGAACAUUUUGCCGAGGUUGGCAAGUAA